AGACCCCGAGACAGACAGGCUAGGAGGCUAGCCCGGCUGGAGCUGUGUGUGUCCGACCGCAACACAGUGUCACAUACUGACACACACACGCACUGUCAUAUACACGACACACUUUCACGUAAUGCACUGUCAUAUACACGACACACUUUCACGUAAUACACUGUCACAUACACACACGACACAGGAGUACCGUGCGUCUACCAGACCAGGAGAGGACAAUCGGAGCACUGACUGAACUGUGCCCCAGCUGCAUGUGUCCGAGCACAUGCAGGCAAUAUCAGCUGCUGCAGUGACCUGAGUCAUUGUGGUUGGACCCAGCCACCUAACCCAGCCUGGAGCCACCUAACCCAGCCUGGAGCCACCUAACCCAGCCUGGAGCCACCUAACCCAGCCUGGAGCCACCUAACCCUGCCUGGAGCCACCUAACCCUGCCUGGAGCCACCUAACCCUGCCUGGAGCCACCUAACCCUGCCUGGAGCCACCUAACCCUGCCUGGAGCCACCUAACCCUGCCUGGAGCCACCUAACCCUGCCUGGAGCCACCUAACCCAGCCAGGCAACAGCCAUGGACGCUCUGGAGCAGGAAUACAAGUCGCCGUUUAACUUUGAGCAGGGGGUGAAUAGCAGCUACCUCUAUCUGUCCCCCAGCGUCAUUGUAACACCACCAGGCUCACCGCACGUGACUGUCACAGCCAGAGGUGCUGUGAGACCAGACUCUAUCACAGAGGUAGGGGAGGAUGCAGUGAUGUCGGUGGCUGUGUCCCCUUCCAUCCCCACCCUGACAGAGGAGGAACAGGAGGAGCUGCGAGAUGAACUGCUCAGGGUGGAGGAUGAGGUCGUGACUCUGUCUCAGGUGCUGGCAGCUAAGGAGAAGCAGGUGGCAGACAUCAAGAGGAAGCUGGGCAUCACUCCUCUCAACGAGCUCAAACAGAACAUCAGCAAGAGCUGGCAGGAGGUCACCACCUCUACUGCCUACAAGAAGACGUCAGAGGGCCUGUCCGUAGCUGGUCAGAAGGCCACGGCAGCCUUCACCAGCAUGGGCUCGGCCAUCAGCAGGAAGUUUGAGGACGUCAGAUUGCAAUCUAUUUCCAAUUCCUUUGGCAUACGCUCCCUACAGCAUUCUGCUAGUAUGCCCGUGAUGAGGAACACACCCACCUUUAAGUCGUUUGAGGACAAAGUCGAGACUUUAAAGGUAAAAGAUGAGAAGAGGAGUCAAGAUGAGCCCGACGGCAUCUCAGGGUGACUUUGGCGAUGUGUUGACCUCUACAGCGACCUCUGACCCUUCUGUUCCCGUAGAGAAACGGCCAGAGGCCACACCCAUCGCCACCCAGGAAGAACAGCCUCACUGAGACCUGCCUGACCUUUCACCCCUGACCCCUAGCUAGGCUGACAUUCACUAGAACCAUACCCUCUUUCCCCUUCUGUCUCCCCUCUUUCUGUUGUCUCACCUCCUCCCUUCUUCAGCUCCCUCUUUACAAUCCUAUAGCACAAAACAACAGAACCAACAACCAUUCACUAGAACCAUACCCUCUUUACAACCCUAUAGCACAAAACAACAGAACCAACAACCAAAAAAGAAAAAUAAGUUUCCCCAGGAACUUUAAAAUUAAAAAAAAAUGUAAUUAUGAAAAUAUUGUUGUGACACCGUAGGUUUGUAGGACUGUAUGUUUCUAUUUUAAUGUCCAUGUUUGAGGAACCUGCACAAGUAGAAGAAUAUACAUUACACUUAAUGAGAAACUGUAUGUCACAGCAAGUGAAGUUGUGAUGGCAAAACGAAUUGGUUCACACAGGCCCAUAUAUUUCCAGAACUUUGAGUACUAACAGGCAUUUGCUUUUUCUUUUCUUUUGAUGUACUCCAACCACUGUAAUCACUAGGAUGUCAUUUCUAUUCCAACACUGCAGAGGCUUUCUCUGUCAUUUACUACUACUAUCACCAAUAGCACCAGUAAUGUGGUGUAGAGCACAGCUGAGUAGAGUUAAUACCAAAUCUGUGUAGCUCACACACUCCUCUCACAGCUUAACCAUAUGGGGGUGGUCUAAAUCUGACCUCUGAGCAGUUCAUAGUGCUUAACUCUGAUAUCAGAGAAGGUGGGCCAAAGCAUCCAGAUCAGUGUGUAAUGAUAGUCGCAGAUGCAUGAUUGGUUAUAAUGGUGUCAGCUGGCCUUGACCCUCAGGUCAGUGCAAUUUACAUCACUCAAAGCCUCACAGCAUGGUGGGCCAAAGUCCGUAUUAGGGCACUUGUCUUACUGGCUUCUCUCUGCUUGGUAUGCUGAAACACAGCAGGAUAGUCACUGGAUGCUGUGUACUUCUCUCUGCUUGGUAUGCUGAAACACAGCAGGAUAGUCACAGGAUGCUGUGUACUUCUCUCUGCUUGGUAUGCUGAAACACAGCAGGAUAGUCACAGGAUGCUGUGUACUUCUCUACUGUUGAAUGAUAUAUGAAUGGUAGUUGUUUUUGUUUCAAAGUGAUUUUCAUUGUUUACCUUUUCAUAAAGAUGUGCAAUUUUCCUUAAAUUGGAAAUAUACUGUUCUCGACCUAGACUAAUAACUAGAUUUCCUCCCGUGUCGGUAUUUUAAUUUCUCUACAGUGUAUGUGGUAUGGUAAUCCAUUUUUACAGUUGACUGUCUGAGGGAAUGUUUUUCUCUUCUGAACAUCUUGAGGUAUAAAAGAGUGCGAUGCAGGAUCCUGUUAAAUGUUUACUCUUGACCACACUAGGAUGAUACAUACAGUGCCUAUAGAACGUCUACACAUCCUUGAAUGUUUUUCAACAGAAGUCUUUCUAAGAGUUUAAGUGUUCCUGAGUGGUCUAGUCUGUCCAGAAUUAAAUCUGCUUCAACAAAACAGAGGCAAGGUUUAAAUAUCGCUGUCCACCAGUGAUCCCCAACCAAAUUUACUGAGCCUGGGCAAUGUUGACAAAAACGAUGGAUAAAUGUUGCCCUAAGAGUUGUGCCAACUUGGUAGAACUUUAAUGGAAAUGAGUCACAGAUGUAAUUGCUGCCAUAGAUGCAUCCGCCAAGUAUUAACUCAGGAUAGAGACUUAUCCAAUUAUGAUAUCUGUUACUUGGUCAAAUAACUUUCUUUCACGUUGAAAAUGUGGAGUGGGUUGUGUAGAUCUGUAGGAAAAACAUUUCAGGGGGAGUGUAGACCUUCUAUGGGCACUGUAUUUUAGGACACUAGUGAAUAUUUGGUUUAAAUGCCUAAUGCAAGUCCUCCCCUACUGGAAGACGACUGGCCAUAUCAUGGCAUGGAUUCAUUGUGGAAAUAAAGUUCUGGAAGAAAAGUCCUGGUUCCACCAUUAAGAAGACAUUAUGGCUAAUAAAAUGUAUUCCAGAGAGAAGUUACUGUAGACCCGUUGCCCCCAUUUAGCCCGACUGCUAAAGCAGUAGGCUGUUGACUUUUCUGUUUAGUCAGGACCUAUUUCACAGAAAGAGGGUCUCCCGCCUCUUCAUUGUGGGCAGAAAUAGUUUGUCAGGAACUCUGUGAUCAAAAGUCUUCUGGUAAACUGCCAGAGAGUAGGCCUUCAACAGCCACACUGGUCUGGUUUGUAGUUGGAAUGCUGACGUAUCUCUAAAAAAAACAGUCAAACUGGGUUAUUUAACAAGAAUGCACUUGAACAGUGUCUUGUCUCCUUUAGCAUUCCUCACAACCUUUCAAAUAAAUGUAUUUUUAUGUUGUUUUCAACA